UGAGGAUCGUUGGAAUUUGAAUGCCGUGUGGAAAUAAUUGUUUUAUUAGUUAUUUUAUAGUGAUUAUUGUGAAAUGUGAUAAAUAUAAUUAAGGAAAGCAUUACUACAUUUUGUUAGUAUAGAUACCCUGCCUUUCCGUGCCUUACUAAUUAAAAAUGAGUUCAGAUAACUCUGACACAAGCCCAAGCAUAGCCCUCUCGUUGGUGGCCCAAUUUGAUGAUAUAAAUCGUCUAAAUAAAGUGUUGAACGAUGGUGCUGCAGAAGAAUGCUUUUUGGCGUUCCUGAAACAGAUGGAAUGGGUCAGAACACAGUGGGCUGCAGCUGAGGCGGAGGCUUCUAGACUUCAAACUGAGCUGGACGAAGCCCUAAAAACCCUCACAAAAUGGGAAGCCAAAUUUGCUCACGUCCGGAAACUCCUAGAUGGAGAGAAAAGGGAAAGAAAUGUAGUUAUGAAGAAAUAUAAUGAGCUGAGUAAACUACUUGAUAUGGCUCGUGACCUACUCUUCAAUGAUAACCGAGCCAAGCUCAAUGAUGAAACACUGCAGAAAUUGGCUUUCCUCAAUGGCACGGCCCAACAAGACCAUAAUGCUAAGCUGUGUGGUGUCCCAGAGCUUAAUUCUACAGGUACACUGCUAUCGGAGAUGUCAUACUCUCGUUCUGAGGAUGAUCUGGAUUUGUCGCUGGCAUCAACCCGGCGCUCGUGGGUGCAGCGUGGAGGCUGGACCGCCAGAGAGAACCCGCCCAACAAGAAGCGCAGAUCCUCUUCUUCGUCUGCUACUAAGACGGUCGAGCUGCAUGGUGGUAAAGUGCUCGCCACAGCUACGACCACAUUGACACUGGAACGCGCGCCCACCACACAUGAUUUGAAACCACCACAAAACUUUCAACCAAUAUCAGAGAGCAGCGACGAGGGUCCCCCGGCUCGGAAGUCCGCCACGCGCCUGUCCGCCCGCUUGGUGCCUAAACAGGAUCCGGUGCCGUCAGCGCCUCCAGCUACAGAGUCGGACAGUGCGACUGACCCAUACGUCGCGCGCACGCCGCAACGCACGCCGUCCGUGCAGCGCACGCCGUCAGCGCUGUCCGCCAUGGGCUCGCCGCGCGUGCGACAGAGACAACACAACUUUGUCGUCAAGAACUUCUACAAGCGCGAGACUUGCGGCCCGUGCGGCAAGACAAUAAAGUUCGCGAAGGCGGGCGUGCGGUGCGAGCAGUGUCGCGCGCAGGCGCACCCUGAGUGCCGCGCGCUGCUGCCGCUGCCCUGCGUGCCGCCCGGCCGCGCGCAUCAGCACCAGGAGGGCAGUAUAGCCGAUUUUGCUCCUUCCACACCGCCAAUGAUACCGGCUCUGCUCGUGCAUUGUAUCAACGAGGUGGAGAAACGUGGCUUGUCCGAGCGCGGCAUAUACCGCAUUAGUGCUGUGGAGAAAGAUGUUAAACGUCUCAAGGAGCGUUUCCUACGCGGUUGCGGCUCGCCAUCCCUAGCCGGGGAAGACAUACACGUGGUUUGCGGGUGCAUCAAAGACUUCCUGCGUUCACUCCGCGAGCCGCUCGUGUCCACGGCGCUAUGGAGCGACUUCAUGCACGCGGCUAGACUGCCCGAGCCCGCAGACGCCAGUGCGGCCAUAGUACAGGCGGUGUCGCAGUUGCCGCCGCCGAAUAGGGAUACCUUAGCGUUUCUGGUGUUGCAUCUGCAGAAAGUUGCCGAAAGUCCGGAGUGCGAGAUGGGCGUGGAUAAUCUGGCAAAGAUUUUCGGUCCGACGGUAAUCGGGUACGGCAUGAUGACGCAGGCGGCCGAGAUGUACACCGCCACUACACAGAUGUUUAAUGUGAUGCAGCUAGUACUGCGACUGCCAGGCGACUACUGGGCUCAGUGGGCGUGCCCCGCGGACCCCGCCUCCCCGCCUCAAACCGCGAUCAAACCAAGAGGGUUCUUCUUCUCACCCGCUGAUACUGGAAUUUCAAGAAAGAAACGCAACUACUUUCAAUAAUAUGAGCAAGAAACCGUUACCAAUGAUAUUGGUGCAUUUGUUAAAAGUGUAUAAAACUUAGUUAAUUCUACUCUGUAUUACACAAUAGUUAACCAUUUUGUACGAAAUAUUUAAUAUAGCUUUAAGUUCGUUAUUAACAUCAGAAUACAUUUUUAGGUUAGUGAAAGGAUUUUUUUUGUUUCUUUUUUUAGGUUUGUAACUGACAUCACAAUAUUAUAUUACGUAUUUUUUUAGAUACAGUUAUUUAGAAUUAGAAGUCACUUAAAAUACUUUUUAAAGCAAUGCAAUAGAUUUGUAGCUGCGCUACUGUUGUAUAGAAUACUUUGCAUUCUGCCUUUAGCACACUGACUUGAAAAACGCAAAAAAGCAGCUAAUAGAUCUACAGUCUCACACUGCAAACGGUAAUAGCUGCGUACUGACCAAGCGAGCCGCCUCGCGAGGCAGUUGCUCGGUCGGUCAGGACGUGCCUCACCCGAGGGAAACGCAUGCGUUACCUCGCCCGAGCGUCCCGUGGUCCGAGUCGAGCGUUGUCGGUUUUUGUCGAUGCUCAAAGGUGCCUCAGUACGCUUGCCGCGCUCACUAGGCACGUCCUGACCGAUCGAGCAACUGCCUCGCGAGGCUGCUCCCUUGGUCAGUACGCGGCUAUUGAUGUAUGUUGCAUCUCGCUUUAUCGCUUUUUUUUGUUGAUUGCUGCGUCAGUAUGCUGACACUUAAAUAUUAGCAAAAAAUAUACAU